AUGGUACGACACAUACUGAGAUCGACCACAUUCUUACCAACCGAAGGUGGCGCUUACUGGACGUCUCGGUGCCGAAAGCUGGUAAAGAAGAUCUGUCACCGUGUUGAAGGAAGAAGAGAAGUCGAAUAUGACGGCGUCAGGCUGGAGGAGCUCCUGACCAUUUGUGACUGGCCCACCGAGGAGGACCCAACGAAGGACUACGAUCUGCUUCUCAGAGGACUGAAAGCCUGUGGUGAAAAUGCCUCAACGCCUCAAAAAACUUAG